AUGCCCAUAUGUGCGAAACGGCCUUCAUUUACGAGUUGGUUGACGCGUUGGCAGCAGUGGCGUCUACAGCACACGGAGCCGCUAUGUUGCAAUGCAAGCCUGCCUGGGCCUGCCCGGGCAACAUCAACGCCUGCGAAGGCGGGUCAAGACGGGCGCCCGCCAUCCGCAAGUUUGCCCCGCGUGGGCAAUGCGAACCCGGCCUCUUGCUGCUGCACCGCUGGCACUUGCCUUUCUGGCAGAAGCGACGGAUCGCCAACCCGGACUGGGUCGUCACGGUUGAGCCCACGCCCCGCGAUGCCAGGCGGCUUCUCUCCGGCCACAUUCAAAAUACCGGCAAGUCGCCCAAAUCGCACUAUCGAGCGUCCGUGGCUGUGGACGGCAAAGGUACAGGCCUGGUGUGGUGA